CGAUUCGAACUACGCUUGCUGGUGUGAUGUUCGAUUCACUGACAGAUGAUUAUGGAAGUAGCUGAUGCUGGAGGCGGUCACCAACAGUUUCGUGUAACUGUUCUAGUUCCGUUGAUUUUUCUGUUUUGUUGGACGGAUUACGUGGCAGCUGGUGAUUGUGGUCUGGCUGAGUUAACUUGCCGGGACGGGCAUUGUGUACCGAUUGAUGCAUACUGCAAUGGGCAGGAUGAUUGCGGUGAUAACAGUGACGAGCCGCCUAUGUGUACACCCUGUAAUCGUACGUAUCAUGGACGCGAAGGACGUACGUACAAACUGGAUCUUCCGAGACCUGCUGAGGAACGUCUACCAUUUCUUUGCCAUUUAACGUUCACUGCUGCUGGACAAGGGUACGGGGAGUUGGUGCAACUUUUAUGGGAUGCGUUUAGCGUGGGCAGAGUAGAUCCAAACACUGAUAGUUUUGUUACAAGCUGUCCAGAAGGAUCUCUACAACUAGCAGAAUUAGGUAGGCAUUUCACAGGAGGUUCUUGGUGUGGUGUUGGAGAAGGAAAAGCUUCUUACUACAGUGAAACCAGUACUGUCACAGCAUCUAUACGACUGUUUCAUGCACCUUCAAGUGUACCAUUUGAGUUUCGUUUAAGAUACAGAUUCGUAGCACGUAAUGAAGCUGUUGCUAGAUUAGGGAAACCUGAACUUCCAAUUGAGAGGGGCUCUCCAGUACCUGGUACUUAUUGUUCUCGAAAUUUCUAUGAAUGUCACUUAAAACAAUGUAGGUUGCAGAGUCCAAAUUAUCCUGGAGAAUAUCCAAGAAAUGCCAGUUGUUUGAUAACAGUAAGACAGAAAGAGGUACCUACAUGCAAGCAUGCCAUGAUUUCUGUGAAAUCUACACCAACUGGUCCUGCUGGAAUGACCAUAGCCAAUAGUACUUUAAGUAUGUGGCAAGAUUGUCCUUCAGAAAAAGACCGCCUUAUCUUUCGCGAUGGUGUUAGAUCAGAGGAUCCAAUUUUAUUGGUAUAUUGUGGAGGACCUUUACCACGGAUCACUGCCAGAGGUUCAACAAUGCAAGUAGAAUUUCGAAGCUCUCCGAUAGCUAUUCCACUUGGUGCUUCUGCUUUAAGACUUGAACUGGAGAUUCAAGUAGUUUAUGUGGACUCUGAUGGACUUGAUUAUGCAAAGAAUCCCCAAGGCUGCCAUUUUGUCGUAAAUGAUACUAACAAAAGGAGCGGUGUAUUGAGAGCACCACUGCAUGCACUGCCACCAAAUUCCAGUUGUACCUGGAAUAUUGAAGGAUCCACUGGAGAUAGAGUGUGGAUUUAUUUUUCUUCCUACUCCCAGAGAGACUUGACAGGUAGUGUGGAAAACAAUGCCAGUUCUCAAUCAGAUGUACCUUGUGCAGUGAAGUUAAUUUUUUGGGAUGGUACCCCAACCACUGUACUUCCAAUGGCUACACUCUGUGAUGACACACCCAAGUUGUGUGCUCAUGCAGCUUUAAGAAAUGUUACCAGAAGUACAAGGCCAUGUACAGAGGAUGAAAGCUAUAUUACGGUGGCACCAUCUUUGACAUUAAAAAUGGAGACAUUAUUGGGUACUGCUCUUCAUACAGUUAAUUUCAAUGCACAGUAUGAGUUUAUUUCAACCAUUCAAGUUGGGGAGCCCUGGGGGGAUGGAGUUUGCAGCAGGGUGUGGCGCAAGGUUCGAAGCGGUGAGGUAACCUCACCACGUGAUGUUCGUCUCUUUGGACGGGGUGGAUCUCCGAAAUUAGAAUGCAGAUAUCGAAUUGAGGCUGGUGCGGACGAGAGAGUGCGACUGACAUUGCACAACGUCAGUUUCGGCGAGUCGACUGUGUGUACGAGCGAACCAGAUCCUCAUACAGGGCGACCACGUUGUGUUCAGGAUGUGGGUUCCAGAGAAGCCCAUUUAAUUUUAUAUGAAGCGCCUUGGCGGGACGUGAAGCUUCCCAGAGCUUGUCUAUGUGAUAAUACAUCUCAUCUUCCACUGACGCACAUUUCUUCAAGCAGAGCUUUGGAGAUCACCUUUUUAGUCGAUCAGCAAGCUCCGCAUGAAGAUUUUGAGACACUCUUUUUCUAUGCCAGCUUCGAGCUCGUUCGAGCACCUGAGUGUCCCAGAAAGCAAAGAGUACGAGGAGAAGGUGGCGAAUUAAGAUUUGUUGCUCCACCAUUGUCAAGACCAGACAUUUAUUGUGAGGGACUCCCGUGGUUGGUGGAAGCACGUGAAAAUAGAUCUCUUUUUGUUCUAACCUGGGGCUGGUUCCUUCCCCUUGAACCAGCGCCGAUAUCAGAAUUAAAUGAACAAUCCAAGUGCCCUACUUCCAAUAGAAUCCUCCUUUAUUCAGGCUGGCCACCUAGACUCUUGAAAGUAGUCUGUCCCGCAGAACCAGGUGCAAGAGAGUUCACCGUUCAUGUAUUUUCUGAGGAAUGGCUAGGAGGAACCGGAGAGGGUAAAUGGCCAGGACCACCGCGACCACCUGCGCUUUUGUUGGAUUUCGUAGCUAGGGAAUCUGGCCAGGCCGCUGCCUCCUGGCUUGAAAUUUCAAAGAGCAGGGCUGCACUGCGCAGACAAUUGCGAUUACCCGAGAGAGGAGUGGAAAACGAAACUUUAUCCCAUGGAGAUUGCCCUCAUAAAUGCCCUGAAUUAAGCGCUUGCAUCGCUGCGAGUCUGUGGUGCGAUGGAAGACCUCAUUGUCCGUCUGGGCAUGACGAGGCGAAUUGUGGCAACGGUGCAAAAUUGCUCGGAUUACUUCCUUCGGAAAUAUGGCUUGUGCUGGCAGGUGUCGCUGGAAUCAUCGCUGCAUUCGCGUGCUUCUUUGCUGUGCUCAUUAGCAGGUCAAAAACACGUACAAAAAGACUUCACUAUAAAGGUACAAAGAAAAGCAAUAGACCUAGACGAGCACCGACAGAAGAAACACUGCUUGGAGCAGCGUCCUGACAACAGCAACCCGGUUUCGUGGAGUACAUUCACGUGGACCGGGAAACGACCGUUUAGCAAUAUUUCUCUGUGCUUUACCGUCCACUAACUUAACAAUAUCCCCAGUGGUUGCUUGAUUGAAA